GAUGAAUAUGGGCGAUACUUUAGUCAUUACUGAUAUAAAAGCAAGAGGAGUACUAUUAAAAAAAUUUGGCUAUAGUUUGUUAGAUACAAAACAAACCAAGAUAUUCUACGGUAGAGCAACAAAAGAAACAUCAUCAAUACUAGGAGAUGGUUUAUUCGGAACAAAAAUUUCAACAGAAAAUGCAGUUGAUUCAUUUUUAAGAAUAGAUAUGAACGGAAUCUAUACACUAGAAUGCCUUCAUGUUAAUUUCGAUAAAUCUUCAAGCGGAGAUAUUCAAUAUAUCGAUACAUUCUUAAAAUAUACACCUGAUACAGCAUCUGAAGAUUCAAAAUGUGCACGUAUAUAUAAUCCAUAUUCAAGUAGUUAUCGAACUUUGAUUGUUAUUCCGGUUGUUAAAAGGGGGCGAUACAUUCUUUUCAAAUCGAGCUCGAAAGCCUCUACUGAAAACUUUUUAAUAAUGACAGAUGUAUAUAUAUUUUACGAAAAUCUAAACGCUAAAACACAAAUGGAACACAGUACAAUUGAUAAAACUGAUAUGAUUAAAUCAAUUGAAAAAGAUGGAAAAUCUAUUAAUCUAAUGGAUAUUAACGAUGGAGUAUUUGCUAUGAAUAAUGGAAGUGUUAGUUUGAACGAUAAAGAAAAUCUUAUGAUUAUCACUGAACAAACCAUUAUUGAUUCAAUAUGUUUAACAUAUGAAAUUUCAAAUCAAAAGGAACAAAAUGCUUUAAAAGUUGAAUUCUACACAAAUUCACAAAUAUCUGAGACUGUGAUGCCUAAUACAACUAUGAGUGAAGCACAUACUAUUUGCAAUGAUAUGAAUGCAAUAGUUAUUGGAAAGAUUCAAAUAACAUCUAAAAUAUUGCUUCAAAUUCAUGAAAUUAGCAUACAAUUGACAUCAAUUACAAAACCAUUUACAUCAAUUGAAGAUUCCACAGAACAGUGCAGUAAAUUUAAAGAUUCUGUUAUAGUUAUACCAGAAUCUAUUGGAUCAAUUCAUAAAGGAAUUGGUUUAACUGGUGAAAAUCUUCUUUUUAACGACUUAGUAGUAAUUGGAGAAUCCAACGGAAAAUAUCUUGAAUGUAAAUCCAUUGAAAGUUUGGUUCCAUUAAAAGUAUUAUAA